AUGAUACCAGGCGAUUCUUCCUCGCCUACGGCGCAGCAAACCAUCUUCGGAUGGGUCCUCUGUGGUCCUAUGUCAGCAGCCGAGACACCUGUUUCAGCACAUGCACAUCAUUGUUCACCGGAUCAAGAAUUACAAGAUCUUCUUUCCAGACUUUGGACACAAGAAGAAAUUCCUAAGUCGACUACAGCAGAGUUAACUGAGGAGGAAGAGGAGUGCGAACGACACUUUCUAACGACUAUUCACGAGAUGCAACGGGCAGAUAUGUGUACUUUUCAACAAUUUUACGGAAACUUUCUAGAGGAGUAUUUGAAGAUGGGUCACAUGAAAGAGGUUGACGCCUCCUCCGAUCAGACUUCUGUGGUGAAUUAUCUCCCCCAUCAUGGGGUACUACGAGAGAAUAAUCGAACCACGAAACUCAGGGUGGUUUUUAACGGAUCCAGCCCUACCAGCAAUGGCCUCUCGCUAAACGAUAUUCUACACGCCGGUGCCAAGCUUCAAAUUGACAUAUGCGAUAUUCUGCUUUGGAUACGACGAUUGGAACCUACUGAGAAAUUAUGGAUCGGAUCGGAACAACAGCUUCUCGCCUACUGCCUUACCACAGUGACUUACGGAUUACGAUGUGCACCCUUCCUGGCGUUGAGAGCUCUAGAGCAAUUGUUGAAAGAGGAAGGUCAUCGUUUUCCUAAAGCGAUCAUUCCUAUGAAGAAAGGCAGAUUCGUCGACAACAUUUAUGGGGGAUCUGAUACGACAUUAGAAGCUAAGGAUAUUAUACAGCAAGUGAAGGGGCUUUGCGAAGCAGGAGGAUUUUCCUUGCAUGAAUGGAGUAGCAACUAUCCUGAUCUUCUCCCUAACUCGGAAGAAGGGGGACCUACCGACAUAGAAAUCGAUCCUACCUUUUGCAAGCUUCUGGGUCUCGUAUGGCGGCCAUUUUCUGACACUCUGCAUUUUUUUUCCACAGUUCCAGGCAAUAUCACCUUCACGAAGAGAGCAAUUGCUUCGGACAUAGCCAAGUUGUAUGAUCCUCUAGGGCUGAUUUCGCCUAUUAUAAUAAGAGCGAAAAUCAUAUUGCAGGAGCUAUGGCUGUUGAAGACUGGAUGGGACGAGCUGAUUCCUGUCACUUUACAAGAGAGAUGGACUGCGUUUUGA